GCAGGCCGGUGAUUUUCCACUGCCGCUGAUGUUUCUAGUCCCCCCCACCGUUGCAAGAGACAAAGGUCAGGAACAGAGGCUUAUAAAUAGGAUAAAAUUCAGGCUACCUACGCAUCCAGAUCUCAGACACAGGGGGACACAGACAAGUGGAAACGGACAAGGGACAGCGCUCAAAGGACAUUAAAAGGACACACAUAAUACAGAAAAUCACAUCAGCAGAGCAGAAUGGCUCAGAAAGAGAAGCUCCAGUGCCUGAAGGAUUUCCAUAAGGACACUCUGAAACCAUCUCCUGGCAAGAGCCCAGGCACUCGGCCUGAAGAUGAAGCAGAGGGCAAACACCCCCAGCGGGAGAAGUGGGCCAGCAAGUUGGACUUUGUUCUGUCUGUAGCUGGUGGCUUUGUUGGUUUAGGGAAUGUGUGGCGUUUCCCGUACCUCUGCUAUAAAAAUGGUGGAGGUGCAUUUCUCAUCCCAUACUUCAUUUUCCUGUUUGGUGGUGGUCUGCCAGUCUUCUUUCUGGAGGUCGCCCUGGGUCAGUUUACCUCCGAGGGUGGUAUCACUUGCUGGGAGAAGCUCUGCCCCAUCUUUACUGGUAUUGGUUACGCCUCCAUUGUGAUCGUUUCCCUUUUGAAUAUCUACUACAUCGUCAUCCUGGCUUGGGGCGUCUACUACCUGUUCCAGUGUUUUCAGCCAGAGCUUCCCUGGGCCAAGUGCAAUCAGCCGUGGAAUACCGAUCGCUGCAUCGAGGACACCUACCGCAAUAACAAAACCCUUUGGCUGGCUUCCAACUCCUCCAACUUUACUUCCCCUGUCACCGAGUUCUGGGAACGCAAUGUGCUGGGAAUCAGCAAUGGUAUUGAUGAGAUAGGCCCUAUUAAAUGGGACCUGGCUCUGUGUUUACUGCUCGUCUGGGUCAUCUGCUUUUUCUGCAUCUGGAAGGGAGUCAGGUCCACUGGCAAGGUGGUCUAUAUCACUGCCACGUUCCCAUUUGUCAUGCUUAUCGUGCUGUUGAUCCGUGGAGUGACACUGCCAGGUGCUGCAGCGGGUAUCAAGUUCUACCUGUACCCAAAUCUCACUAAACUGCAGGACCCAGAGGUCUGGACUGAUGCUGGCACCCAGAUCUUCUUUUCCUACGCCAUCUGUUUGGGCGCUAUGACUUCUUUGGGGAGCUACAACAAGUACAAGUAUAACUGCUACAGGGACUGUUUGCUGCUGGGAGCCCUCAACAGUGGUACCAGUUUUGUGUCUGGCUUCGCAAUAUUUUCCGUCCUGGGCUUCAUGGCACAAGAGCAAGGGGUGGCGAUUUCUGAUGUGGCAGUGUCAGGUCCAGGCCUGGCAUUUAUUGCCUACCCCAAGGCUGUAACCAUGAUGCCUUUUCCUACAGUCUGGGCAAUUCUCUUCUUCAUUAUGCUGCUGCUGCUUGGCCUCGACAGUCAGUUUGUGGAGGUGGAAGGGCAGAUCACAUCACUGGUGGAUCUGUAUCCGUCCUUCCUAAGGAAGGGUUACAACAGAGAGGUCUUCAUCGCUAUUGUCUGCUGCAUCAGCUACCUGCUGGGACUUACCAUGGUUACCAAGGGUGGCAUUUAUGUAUUCCAGCUGUUUGAUUACUAUGCAGCUAGCGGUGUGUGCCUUCUGUGGGUGGCAUUCUUUGAAUGUAUCGCUGUUGCCUGGGUUUAUGGCGUUGAUAAUUUCUAUGAUGCUGUAGAGGAGAUGAUUGGCUAUAGACCAAAUCCAUGGAUGAAAUGGAGCUGGACCGUUGUCACUCCUUUACUGUGUGCGAGCUGUUUUAUUUUCUCCUUGGUCAAAUUCAAGCGACUGGCGUAUAACAAGGUGUAUAAGUAUCCUGACUGGGCCAUUGGAAUAGGAUGGACUUUGGCUUUGACCUCCAUGAUCUGCAUCCCUAUGGUGGUCGUCAUCAAGAUCAUUCAGUCUGAUGGGCCACUCAUUGAGAGGAUCAAGGCGGUGGCAGCCCCAGUUCGUGGUGGAGCCAGCUCCCGUCCUGCAGACCAUCGUGGCCCCAAGGAUCUCACCUACCCACUGGAUCCCAAUGGGAACCAGGGGCUGCUGAUGAAGGCCCCCACCCACACCAUCGUAGAAACAAUGAUGUAAAAGAAUGAGGUGGAGGCCCUCCAUGAGAUUGCUCUCCUCUCUUCUCCUCUCCUCUGAUGUUCUCUAAAUUGCUUCUAAAGCUAGUUAGCUUUCUGUCUGUCUGUUUGUCUGGUGGACUGAUAAGGGUUUUAAGGAAAAAAUAUGUUGCUGUUUCAAAUCUUUUAGGAGUACUUUGGAAGUAGUUUGCUGUUGGUGGUUUUAUUAUGAGGGUAGCAAUCACAUUUCAAAUCUAUUUCUAAAAUACUUAAAAGCUCUUUUUUAAAUAGUGUGUCCCACCAUUGUCUUCUUUAAAGACACAGUGGCAAAUUAGCACCAGCCUCUGGUCUUGUGCUGGUACAUGUCUGUUUGGUCCACCAGCUACUUUUGUAGAAAAUGAAGGGAGAACGUGUUUUUUUAAGUCUUGGAAUCAAACUGCCUUUCGUAGCCACAAUAUGAAAAACGUUUCUGAAACUUCUACGAUGACCAAAAAUGUAACUUUAACUCUUCUGCACUUAUCUGAAAGCAUAUCGUAACCAUUGGGUUCAGCUUUGGUUUAUUCUGGUCGACUGUGUUCAGUUGACUGUUUUUUGUUUUUGUUUUUGUUUUUUUUUAAUAAAUCAGAAGUUAGAGACUUCAGGUACAACAGUAUUAACUAAAACCGUUUUUUUCUUUUUCCAAAUGUUGUUGGCACAAAGAAAGUGUCCUAAUCCAACAAAUGUUAUUUCUUGUAAACUGAUUUGUUUGUUUCUGGUAUCAAAUAUUUCUUAAUCGGCAAAACUUGACGAGUCAAAAUUAAAGAAUGAAAAUCCAAAGCUGCAGCCACCAAAACUAAAUUAUUUUCCUUUACAGCAUCCCUCCCCCUUGUAAUCAUAGACCAGCUGAAGUGCUAUUGAGAAACAUGCUGAAAUGCUGAUAUAUUUUUGGACCACUGCUACUCAAAAUUGCCUAAUGCACCUUUAAAAAAAAAGUAGAAAAAGAGAAAUCAGAUGAACAUAAUUGACACUGCCAGAGCCAAUGACCUUAAUAAACAAAAAAGCUGUAGUUCUUAAACGCUCCUUAGCACAAAUAAUCCCCAUCUGCCAUAGCUAAAAACCAUGGGUCAAAGAGAAACUAGCAGUGAGACUGGAUUGGAAAAAUCUGCUCACAGAGAGGUAUCUGAGAGGAUUUGAAAUUUGAAAUGUGGAGGUUGAACCCUUCAGUGUGUUGUCUGUGCCGUACUGUACAGUAGUAGCUUAUCAGUUUAUCUAUAUCUACUUCUCUAUCUAUCUUUCUCUGUCCUAGACCAGUUUACAGUACAUAAGUGACUGCACUAGGCACUCUUGGCUUACGGUUUUUGAUUGGAUUCAUUUUCUUUUUGACUGAGGAAGUUACAUUAUUGUUAGUGUUUUCCUCCGUCAGUGUUUAGAGUUUUUCAUUAAGACUAUAAUGUUAUUGGUAUUCACUAUUGAUGAUUAUUGCUGUAGUUUUACAUAGAAGAAGGAACACUUCUUUUAUCUGGUGAAAAUACUGAGCUAUUAUACAAAUCACAUAUUUACAGUGGCAGCCAUUGUAGUACCGUCCCUGUCAUGAAUUUCUACAGCGUUGCUCCUACUAAUGACUGUGUGUAAUAUCAUCUAUUAAAAAACGACAACAAAAGAAAACAACAAUGCAACUGAUUUUACCCAAAUACUUUCUUGCAUAUGGGGGUAUGGGUCAAAUAUUUAUCAAGCAGUUCAAUUUACACAAUGAAAUGGCAAUUCUGCAAUGGCUCCAACUGUAAGUUUAUAGGUGUUGGGGGGUUAUAUAGCUUUCUUCUUCUGUAUAUACAAGAUGACAGUAUUUGAGUUGUUAUAACCCAGCCAUGCAGGCCACUGUAGCCAAUGGCUAUUAACUAUAUGACAAGCUUUGCACCAUUGGUUGGACGAUACAUCCAGUAAAUAAACCAGUGUCAGACUUCCAACUAAUCUGAGUGCCAAACUCCUGCCCAGACACUGUGAAAUGUGGCAGCUGGCUGCAGACAAAUAAGAGCUGGUGACUGACAAACUUUGGAUAGGUUUCCAUGGUGACCACAUUGCCCCUCCAAAGCAAAAGUGAGGGAUGGAUAAUUUCCAAUGAGGAACCCAAACUGCUACACACUGCAGCUGAAAUCAGAUGUAAACUGUACUUUGCAACGUACAAUAAAUUAUAAUCGAAAGAGCUCAUACAGGUCACAGAAGACGAUUAAAGCUGGAGUCUGUAAGUCUGGCAAAGCUUCACUUUCACAGGCAGACAGCGGGCAUGCAGGUACGCAGUUAGUGACACCGUGAGAUCUGAAUAAAGUGAUUGGUCAUGUAUAUUUAUUUCAAUACUGUGGUGGCUACAGACACCGGUUGACAUGGUUACCAUUGAAACUAGCUUAAUCUAAAGUCUGCCAGUCGCUGAUAUGGUAACACAAUUGGGUGACGUGUUACAUUUACAGUGUCUGCCUCUGCAGUUCUGGCUGAUCUAUUUGUUUUUCAAACUAAAUUAAAAACCUUCCAUUCUUCACAAUAAGAAGGGGGCCAUAAUGUCGACGAUGCGAAAACCAUUAACACCUAAAGGCAGAUAAUGUGACGGGUGUACAACUGUGUGUGUAAUCAGCGGUUUCCACUGUGUACGUGAUCAGCGACCAUCCACUCAGGGCCUUUUAUGCAGUGCUCUUAUUAUCCCAGCAUUUACUAGAAAUUUGACGUCAAAGUGGGUGACAAAGAGCUGAAAUCAACUGGUAGCAAUCAAAAAGGCGCUUUUAUCGAGCUUGAAAGGCUAUUGCAUCAGUUCUCUGUCACGCAGACAAAAAUAAUUCACACCUCGACUGCCUGUUUUACCCAGCUUGUCCCCCCCCCCACCCCCCCGUAGCCACAAAAAAACAAAAAACACUGCCAUUUUUUAUUCAGAGCUCUCACUGGCCUGUAGAAAAAAGUCUCUGGGUGCUGUUAAAACACCCAGAAGCAGACACUUUACACACAUUUGUGUUUGCAGGAAUUUGAGUAAAAGCAUUGCAGCAACUGGAUUGUACAUCUUCAUGUUUUAUCUGUCAGCUUUCGACAGCUACUUUAUUAAAUAUGAAGAAAUGAAAUGAGCUCAUAUCAUUAGAAGGGAUUUAUGAAACCCAAUCCACAGGAGACUUGUCUAUUUUCAUGCAGCUUCACACAUAUUUGUUUACCAAGCUCCCAAUGUAGACCUCUUCUUUUAAUGCAGAUACAACGCUUCAGUUACUUUUAAGCUCUUAAAUAGACCUGGUUCUUGGUUCCCCUGAAGGAUCUUAGCAGGAAGCCCCCCCCCCCCCCCCAUUCCAUUUCCUGAUUAAUUUGAACUGCAACUAUUUCACAUCUGUCAUCUAUGCUGUCAAUUCUUCUGCCAAUGUUUUAGUCUCACGACCACCUCAGCUAACACCCACAGGGUCUGUUGGAGGGACUUAAGAUUUUAACUCAUCACUUACCAUCAUCUAUGGGAGGUUAAGGUCAUUUUUUUUCCAGCCAAAAUUACAUAACAUUUGUUAAAAUAAUUUAGGCAAAAUAAUUGAUGCUGUUUUUAGAUUUAAAGCAUUGCACAGACCCUCCUAUGGGCGUGCAUGAUGUUUCUAUACUUUAAAUUUUUUUUAACCAUGUUUUGUUGGCCAUGUAUACUGUAUAGAUUAUACAUAUCACAUAUACUCACAUACGAAAACUUUCCUUUGUGCUAAGAUUCUCCUUGGGGACAGAAAACAAGGACCACACAUAUUAACUCAUGUACUUAUGUAUUGGUUUAAUCUGCCUCUCUCUGUGUGUGUGUGUUCCAGUCCCUCUGUCUUUUUACACUUCCCGUCAGUGAGCCUAUGUAAACCUUCUGCAAAACUAAGCUAACCCAUUUUUCUCAGAGAUUAUGAAUUUGCAAGAGAAUUGAAGGAGCAGCAACGUUUUUUGCUGCGGAAUGUUGAAAAUUUGAAAGUCGCCUGCGGGCGAAUGUAAAAGUUUCUGAAGAUUCAUUUUUUAGGUUGGAAAAAAAAAAACAUCCGUUUCUUCUUCUUUCUUUUUUUUUACUUUUUGUGAUCGUGUUUUAUGAAUCAAGCAGUUUCUUUAUUUUCUUUUUGAUUGUAUCUGUCACAUUUGCCUUUUUUGAAAUUCCAAAUAUAGUGUAUUUUGAAUCUGUCGUUGAGUAAUGUGUACAACUAGCAAUCAGAAGCAAGCAAACAAAAAAAAGCUACAAUUUAUGUGCAAUACGUUGUACAUUACUUUUUAUCUUUCUUGCUGUAUUUUUCACCCAAAAAAGGUGACGCUAACCUUUUUAAGUGGGACAUAAGCUUGUGAAUUGUUGAAAAAGAAAGUUUUCAGGGGCAAUUGAAAUGAAAACAAAAAGCUCUGCAGUGUGGAACUAGACCAAACCAAACCACUAUUCCAUCGAUGAUCACGUGGUUUGAAAUGCACUGAGAUAAAACAAUGAUUAUCUAGCAAAAUACUAAGCAGUACGUUUGUGACGGAGUAUGAGACUUGAUAACACUGCCACUAAGCCCACAGUCUCCAGGUGCCUGCUUCUCUCAAAACUGCAAUGUUGCUAAUAAUCAGGUGGGUUUCCAAAAGCAUGCCACAUCUGACGUUCCCCACUCUGCAAAAUCUGACCAGUACCUCAGGAGGCUGUAGUUAAGCCUGGCAACAAAAAUGUGUUUGAUUCCAUUUAUGAUGUACGAAAAGGUUUCAGUACGUCCGAUUUUCUUUUGAUGGAAUGAAAUCAUUUGGGGCUACUUUUGGGAAGCUGACAACUCAGUAACAAAAGCAGUAAAUUAGAUAAAAAGAAAGAUUACACUAUAUCAAAUGUGGGCUUUUCUUUAAAAUGUCAUAUGCAAUACUUUAAUCUUGUAAUCUAAAUCCAAUCCCCACUCCAGCAGUUAAUGUUUUAUUUAAUACAAAACUGCAGUAAAACCCAUGUCACGUGGGACUAAAUGUCUUUUCGUGAUAAAGAUGCAACAUCAGACAUUAUUGAAGUUACCGUUGGGUUGCACGGGAAUGGCAGAACAUCUGUUUAGGUCGUUAGUCGUGUUAAACAUCUUCUUAUUCUUUCCCGUUGUUUUAACAUAAGAGUAACUUGUGGUUGGAAAAGAAAAAAAAAAAGUGGUUUUAUCAACGCAAAAGUCACGUUUGUUUUUAUUUGGUUUCCACUCAAACAACCAACGUUAUCGUAAAUCUUUAGUUUAAAUUUAAGUUUUCAUUUGUGAGGACAGGACUCAAAUUAUUAAGUAAGCCUCCAAAAUCCUGUUUCUUUCGUGAACUUACUUGAACGAUGGCAAUCUCAGCACUAAGGCCUCUGGGAAAUGGAGUCCUGCUUAUUCUCGUCCCUUCUUGUCAUCACUCACUCUGAGCAUGGUCUGUGGUGACAAUGCCUCUGUCCUUCCUACAUAACACCGAAUACCAGCCCUUCCUUUUUGAGAAUGUACAUGGUGAAAAUGUUUUUUAAUUAUUGGUGAAGGAAAAAAAAAGAA